AGAUGACUCUACGAUUCGCGUUUCCUGUCUGCUCGCCGCUCGCGCCCUUCCUCGCCUCCUCUCUCCACCGCCGCCUCUCCAUCCCUUCUCGCUCCUCCUCCUCCUUCUCUCCGACGCCACUCUUCUCUUCCGACCACCGGCCGCCUCUCUUCCUCCGCCCCCCGGCCUUCGCCGCAUCUCGCACCGACCUCCAUGACUUCCGCCGUUGGGCAGAAUCCCUCGCCCUCGCCGCCGGGCCCCGACUCUCCGCCUCCGACGGCGGCCCCGACGCCGCCCUCCUCCGUCGCGAGCUCGCGUGGCUGGUCGAGGACGCAACCGUCGCCGCUGCCUCCGAGUCCGGCGUCGGCGAGGAGCUCCGUCUCAGGGUCGAGCUGGAGGAGCUCUACCGCCUGUGGAAGGCGAGGAUCGAGGAGAGGCGGCCGUUCCAGUACAUCGUGGGGUGCGAGCAUUGGAGGGACCUGGUCUUGGUGGUGAAAGAGGGGGUUUUGAUCCCGAGGCCGGAGACUGAGAUGGUGGUGGAUUUGGUCGCGGAGGUGGAGGGGUUCGAGAAGGGCUUGUGGGCCGAUUUGGGAACGGGAAGCGGCGCCAUUGCUGUGGGAAUUGGGAGGAUGUUGCAGGAGGGUGGGAGAGUGUUUGCUACGGACUUGAGUCCGGUCGCAUUGGAGGUCGCAAGGCUUAACGUGGAGAGGUAUGAGUUAAAGGACAAGAUUGAGUUAAGGUGGGGUUCUUGGUUUGAACCUCUGCGAGAUGUUGAAGGAAAACUUAUGGGUUUGGUAAGUAAUCCUCCAUACAUUCCUAGUAGCCAUAUUCCGGGAUUACAAGCUGAAGUCGGUCAACAUGAGCCAAAGCUCGCUCUAGAUGGAGGUGAGGCAGGCAUGGAUCAUCUUCUCCAUCUCUGUGAAGGCUCUGCCUCGGCACUCAAAUCUGGUGGUUUCUUUGCUUUCGAGAAUCAUUUUGGUGAAAAUUUCUGUCACAGACAAAUGGUGAUGAGCAAUCCGAGUUUCUUGCGGAUUUAAUGAGCAUAAAGUUGGGGAACUUCUUCCAUAACAUAAAGAUGAUAUCGGACUUUGCAGGAAUCCAACGAUUUGUGACUGGAUUCCGCAGAUGAGUAUGUCUAGAGAAAACUCGGCUUUCAGAUCGAAGAACAUAGAGGCCAAUUUCUACUCUUAUCGUUUAUUGUACUUUUGUUUCUUUAUCCUCAUUACAAACAAUCAUAUCUGUUAUUCCAAUCCUUUAUAAAUUAUGCUGUCAAAUUUUCAUGUA